UGCGACGUCGAACAACCUGUGUAGUUAUCUUCUGAAAAGAAAUCGAAAUUUCUGCUGUUUUACUUCUUGAAAACUAAGAAAAAUGACCGACGUUGCGGAAAAACAACCUCUUUACACACCGUUCUUCGGAGCAAUGGGUGCAACAGCAGCUAUGGCCUUCAGUGCCUUGGGAGCUGCCUAUGGCACAGCCAAGUCUGGUACUGGAAUCGCUGCCAUGUCUGUGAUGAGGCCAGAGCUGAUCAUGAAGUCUGUGAUCCCUGUUGUCAUGGCUGGUAUCAUUGCCAUCUACGGGCUGGUCGUAGCUGCCCUCAUUGCCAACAGUAUCACCAAAGACUACACACUCUUCACGAGCUUCUGCCACUUGGGUGCAGGACUGAGUGUGGGUUUGAGUGGUCUAGCUGCAGGGUUUGCCAUUGGAAUCGUGGGAGACGCUGGUGUGAGAGGAACAGCACAACAACCCAGAUUAUUUGUCGGAAUGAUCCUUAUUCUAAUUUUUGCUGAAGUAUUGGGUCUAUACGGACUUAUUGUAGCUCUUAUCCUGGCUACCAGAGGAUAACGCUUCCGCAGUCUACUAUAUACAGAACUUACUAUAGGAACAAUUGGAAACCAUUCAUACUAGAUACAAGCAGGCGAGUGACCCUCGACUAACAUUCCGAUUGUAGCAUCUUCCUGUAUCUGACUAUCAACUUUGAAAUACACUUUUUGUUUAUUGAGUCAUUUUUACGUAAAUUUUUAGAAUUCUUGUCAGAACAAAGUACAAUCUGUAAAAUGGGACAAAUUGUUGUGUGAAGUUUUGAUCGUCUUUUCUGUUAUUGGGUUAUAAAUAUUAUUUAUACUUUCUUAGAUCAUUGCCGACAGGUUAAGAGUUGGACAUAGCCCGUACUUCAACACCCGUGUUGGUCUUUAUGGUAAAGAUUCAUGUGACAUGUUCCAGUUAUCUUUAUGUUGAAAGUAGCGUUGUAUAUAUCCACUAACAGUUGCUAAUGAAAGGGCAUGUCUGAAUAUUUGAGAGUUGUAAUGAAAUCAACAAUUUAUUGGUCAUCAAUAUAUUCAUUGCUACUAAAUCAUGCAUUUUUAAUCCCUAGAGUGAUUUGAACAGUAUCACCAGGUUGUAUGUGUGUGGUUUGAGGAUGAUUGAAGACGAUCAUGUUGAUUUGUGAUUAUGUUUUCUAGUGGUGCAGAUGAAUCCAAUUAUUUAUAUAUUACUUACAAUGUUAUAGAGGAGGAAUCCAAUCAUGGAAUUAUUUACAUUUUAAAAUGAUUUGAAUGAUUUCUUUUGUGUAUUUUGUCCUGUGUGUUAUAAUAUAUGAUACAAAAUAUAUUUGGAAAUGUAGAUAUAUUUUUUGUUUGUUUUAGUCUGCAAUGCAGACAGUGAUACAUGCUAGCCAGUCAUUUUUGCGAGAGUGUGAGAGAAAUGUUGGAAAAUAUGGGUCGGAAAACAGGAUAAAUAUUACGGAACUGCUUACAUUUUUCAUAGUAGUAACAUAAAAGUGCUUGUCUAAUAGAAAAGAAGAAAAUCAAAUUUGCAUACAAAGUAAAAAGUAUCAGCUCUUUGUGUCACAGAAACCAGUCAUUGAAAACCUUGACGCCAAAAUCUACAUUGUACCAUUGAUAACCAUAUACUUUCACAAGUAUGGAUGUAGUCUUAAUUUCUGCUUCAUGUAAUGUCUAAGGAAUUAAGUUGUCUCCAUUAACCCCUCAUGUUAUAACUAGUCUAACAACUUCGUCAUUAGGUUGAUAUAUACAAUACUUUUCAGUAAUUGAUAAAAAAUGAGACACGAGUACCAAACAGUUUUGUUUCAUUGAUGUGUAGAAUUUUGUGAAUGUUCCAGUAUUUAAACACAUUAGAAACCUAUGUUGUAGCUCCGAUAGUUGUAGGUAUAUCUAUUGUAUGUAUAGGACCAGCUGUAUUCAAGGGAGCUGGAAAUUCGGUCACUUUCUAGUUAAAAACAAAUCCCUAGCAGAAAGAUUUUCAAAAUUUUUUUUCUCCAACCAUGUAAAACAAAAUUUGCAUGAAUGAUAUACACAAGAAAUUAUAAAUAUGAUAUUGUCAUUUUCAUGUACAGAGUAAAUUUGUUUUCAUGUCGGUGAGAGUAUUAAACAGUCACCACAAAAA